GCGCGCCCCCUUGGGGUAAUUUUACUUGGCGUCGCAUCCUAUUUAUUGGCGAGGGUUAGAACACGCUUCAGAUAACUUCCUCUUCGUUUGGCGGAAUCAUGGAGGUGAACGCUUCAGCUGAAUCUUCCGAGAGUAUUGUACCGGGUGUUGAAGAGAAGUUUAAGAAAAACCAUGACAUACUCUUCUAUAGGAGACAGAGAGAUAAAGAAGCGACCCAGUACUUUGCCUCCUUCGAAACUUUGGUAGUCACAGAUGGAGGAGUCAGUCUGGAGCUCUGUGAACGGGACUCUCAGGAUCGUCUGUGUCUUCAAAUACGAGCAACACAAAGUGGAACGGUCAGAGUGUCUCUUGAUGAGCUACAGCCGAUAAAACCACGCUACCGUGUUUCAGAUGUAUUGGUUGGAGAGUUGAGAUAUGAGCCACUGAGAGUUCACUGGAAGAGAGAGGACUGUGUUUGUCUAACUUGGGGUCCGGGACAGUACAAGCUGUUGGUUUCCUUUUCUCCUUUCAAACUGGAGAUUUCCCGUGACGGAGAGGAGAUUGUGACUCUCAAUCCAGAAAACAAGCUCUACUUUGAGACUCUUCAAGAUCCAGCUAGGUCCUCUUCAGAUUCAUGCCAGGACGAUGAAAAUCAGUGUGGGCUGUGGAAGGAAACCUUCAGAGAGUUUGAGGAUAUCAAAGCAAAUGGCCCUAGUUCUGUGGGGAUGGACUUAAGCCUCCACGGUUUCAAGCAUACGUAUGGUCUUCCUGAACAUGCCGAUACCCUGGUGUUGAAGGACACAAGUGUCACAGAGGCGUAUCGGCUGUACAACUUGGAUGUGUUUGGCUAUGAAAUCACUAGCAGGUUGGGUCUUUAUGGUUCUGUCCCCUUCCUGCUAGCUCACAAGCCAGAGAGGACAGCUGGAGUGUUCUGGCUGAACGCCUCCGAGACGCUGGUUGAUGUCGAGUACAACCCAAAGCCAAAUGAGGGUGAUGAAGAACCUCCAGGGAAGAAAAGCAAGAUCUCAUCACAGACUGAUGUAAGAUGGAUAUCAGAGAGUGGCACAAUCGACUGCUUCAUUUUGCUUGGGCCCACAGCUGCCGAGGUGUUCUCUCAGUAUGCUCAACUUACAGGCUACCAGGCUCUUCCUCCACUCUUCUCUUUGGGUUAUCACCAAUGCCGCUGGAACUACGAGGAUGAGGCAGAUGUGAAAGAAGUGGACGCUGGAUUUGAUCUCCACAGUAUCCCAUAUGAUGUUAUAUGGUUGGACAUAGAGCACACUAAUGGAAAGCGCUACUUCACCUGGGAUUCUGAGCUUUUUCCAAACCCAGCAGAACUACAGCGUCACAUUCAGAAGAAGAACAGGAAGCUGGUCGUUAUUAGUGAUCCUCACAUCAAGAUUGAUCCUGAUUGGACGCUUUACUGUGAAGCUAAAGAAGGGGGCCAUUUUGUGAAGAACAGAGAAGGCGCCGUUUAUGAAGGAAAAUGUUGGCCCGGUGAAUCCUGUUAUUUGGACUUCUGUAGCUCAAAGACAAGGUCGUGGUAUGCCAGACAGUUCUCUCUAAGCAAAUAUGAAGGCUCAACGGAGUCUUUGUUUGUGUGGAACGACAUGAAUGAACCGUCCGUCUUUAACGGGCCAGAGCAGACAAUGCCCAAAGAUGCCGUGCACCACGGAGGAUGGGAACACCGGGAACUACACAACUUAUAUGGUUUUUAUCAGCAUAUGGCUACAUUUGAGGGCUUAUUAACUCGGUCAGGUGGCGUGGAGAGGCCAUUUGUCCUUUCACGCUCUUUCUUUGCUGGGUCUCAAAGAUUAGGUGCUGUCUGGACCGGGGACAAUGCCGCUACUUGGGAGCACUUGAAGAUUUCAAUACCCAUGCUGCUGUCACUGAGUUUGACAGGAGUACAUUUUUGUGGAGCUGAUGUAGGGGGCUUUGUGCAGGAUCCAGACCCUGAGCUUCUGGUCCGCUGGUACCAAGCAGGUGCUCUUCAGCCAUUUUUCAGGGGACACUCUGAUAAAAAGACCAAGCGGCGUGAGCCCUGGCUGUUUGGGGACGAAGUGACCACCGCGAUCCGAUCUGCUGUUCAGGACAGAUACCGUCUCCUGCCGUACUGGUACACUCUGUUUCACCAAGCGCACACUUCAGCGCUGCCUCCCAUCAGACCUCUUUGGGUAGAGUUUCCCAACGAUACAAGCACAUUUGCUGUGGAGAGCCAGUACAUGAUUGGCCGUGCUCUCCUUGUGUGCCCCGUGACGGAUCCUGGGGUCACAGAGGUCAAGGUUCUGCUCCCAGGGUCUGAUGAGCUGUGGUACGACACACACACGGCAGCGGCACACAAGGGGGCCAGAACUCUGGAUCUGCCUGUCACUCUGAACACUGUGCCCGUGUUCCAGCGAGGCGGGACAGUGGUGCCUAGGAGAGUGGGUUGUGGGUCCAGUACAGCAGACUUACAGCAGCAUCCGAUCACGCUCACUGUGGCCCUGGAUAGUAAGGGCAAUGCUGAUGGAUUUCUUUAUCUGGAUGAUGGUCACUCUUUUAGUUACAGAGACCAAAUGCAGUUCUGUCUGCGCCGUUUCACCGUGCGAGCUGGCAAGCUUGUCAACAGAGCUCAACAUGCCGUUCUCCCCGUGCCGUGUCUUUUCAGCUGUGCUGAUGAUCAAGGCUCGUUUAUCUCGGAUGACAAAGUGGAAUCAGUGGUCAUUCUUGGUCUGAAUAGCUUGAAAAGAAAACCAAAGCUCAAAUCAGGUUCGGUCACGUUUGACUUUGAUGCAAAGCGAGGUGUGUUAACUUUAACUGGACUGGACCUAGAAAUACACAAAGACUGGGAAAUAGCGAUAUAGCGGAAUGCCGUGAUAGGUGUUGUGUUCUUAUGUGUAAUUGUGAUCGGCUGAGAAACAAGCUCGACUCGCGUGACCUGCCAGAGCCAACGCGCAACGCUUGAUUUAUUAGACAUUUUCCUUUGCCGUACUUUCGUGAGACUGUAGAGGUGAAAUACGUUUUCAAAAUAAGAAACACUGCAAAAAAAAUGUAAAUUCUAAAUAAAGACUUGCCAAAGAGUA